UUUAAACACUUCCCGGUUUUUAUCCUGACACGCGUCUUGGGGCUCUGCUUGUCUUCAUCAGACAAACCAAAGGCUUCGUUCAGGGUGUUUUUCCGUCUGCAUCUGCUGUGUUCGUGAUUCCUCUCUAAGUUACUGCUAACACGAUGUCAGAAGCAGUUCCUCCUUCCUCUUGUGUUCUCCCAGAUAACUUUACAGACACUGAUGACAUGGUAGCUCAGCCAGGUGACAUAAUGUUGGUAAACUCUCCUCCUGAUGAUGCGAAGGAAAUAUCAAAUCAUUUGAUGUCCCCUCUGGAGCAGCAGGACACAAACAGUGAUUCAGGAGACAGCUUGUUCAUCACUCAGAAAUGUGCACCUCAACGACGGAGGCGCUCAAACCGGAGAUCAAACUUCAGGGCCCACCGAGAGUCACCAGAAGAUGAAUAUGACGCAUCCACCUCCGAGGAGGAUCAUCCUGAAGACAGAAAGCAGAAGAAGAAAAGCUGCACAACACCGAAGUUCACCUUUCAUUUCCUCAAGGAGAGAAUGAUGACUAGGUUACCAUAUUAUCAGAACAGAAAACUUCAUUAUUACGCCAUGGGAGGUUACUUCAGAUGUACGGAGCAGCUUUGGGACAGCUAUCAAACAGGAGAAGGUCUGCUGCUGUCUUUACCGACUGCGGACCAGGACGGAGGAGAGCCCAUGUCUCCGAUGUCAGAAGAGGAAGACGAAACUACAGAAAAUGAAGACAUCAGAGUGGUGGAAAAGAAGCUCUUUGUGGUGUCGAAAACAAAGAACUCCCAACCUUGGUACAAUCCCAGAAAGAGAUCCAGUGAAGAAACGCAACACAAUGAAGAACACGACAAUGCUGCACGCGAGCCACAGGGAGGACCGGGAAUAAUGACGCGCAAAAUGUCGACGCGGAUACCCUUGUUGAGGGGGCCGUCCUCUUCGAAAACAAAGGAAUCCGAUGAAAUCUCGGAAGAGACGGAGUCGGUUGAUGAACGAGUGUCAACGUCUGGAAACCUCCCUGCUGAAACUGGAAUGGGAAAGAAGAGCAGAUCUCCAGGAAAUGAGAGUAGAGCAAGUGAUCUUAUUCCUGAAGAGAAUGAACAGAUGCUUGGUAACGAAAGCGAUGCCACAUGCCGGGGUCUGAGUGCAGAGCAGAGCGACAGAGAAGCAACAGACCCUCAUACUGGGGCGGAGGAACAAACCGGUGUACGAGAUAAUGACAUAGAGUGUAGAACAAUCAAGGUAAAAAAGAGGAAGAAAGAAAAAAAGGACAGAGAAGAUGACAAAUGUGUAGAGGAAGGAAAAGAUCAGAGUCUAGGGGGAGCUGAGGGUCAUCAGACUGAUUCCUCGGCAAACCUCAUUAUCACUGAGGCAGUGGAAGCUCCUUGUAUGGAGAAGGAGAAACGUCAAGAAGAAGAAAAGUGGAUACCCUCGUCGAGGGGGGCGUCGUCUUCAAAAACAAAAAGGUCAGAUGAAAUCUCGGAAGAGACGAAGUCGCUCGAUGAACGAGUGUCAACGUCUGGAAACCUCCCUGCUGAAACUGGAAUGGGAAAGAAGAGCAGAUCUCCAGGAAAUGAGAGUAGAGCAAGUGAUCUUAUUCCUGAAGAGAAUGAACAGAUGCUUGGUAACGAAAGCGAUGCCACAUGCCGGGGUCUGAGUGCAGAGCAGAGCGACAGAGAAGCAACAGACCCUCAUACUGGGGCGGAGGAACAAACCGGUGUACGAGAUAAUGAUAUAGAGUGUAGACCAAUCAAGGUAAAGAAGAGGAAGAAAGAAAAAAAGGACAGAGAAGAUGACAAAUGUGAAGAGGAAGGAAAAUAUCAGAGUCUAGGGGGAGCCGGAGGUCAUCAGACUGAUUCCUCGGCAAACCUGAUUAUCACUGAGGCAGUGGAAGCUCCUUGUAUGGAGAAAAAGAAACGUCAAGAAGAAGAAACGUGGAUACCCUCGUCGAGGGGGGCGUCGUCUUUAAAAACAAAAAGGUCAGAUGAAAUCUCAGAAGAGAUGAAGUCGCUCGAUGAACGAGUGUCAACGUCUGGAAACCUCCCUGCUGAAACUGGAAUGGGAAAGAAGAGCAGAUCUCCAGGAAAUGAGAGUAGAGCAAGUGAUCUUAUUCCUGAAGAGAAUGAACAGAUGCUUGGUAAUGAAAGCGAUGCCACAUGCCGGGGUCUGAGUGCAGAGCAGAGCGACAGAGAAGCAACAGACCCUCAUACUGGGGCGGAGGAACAAACCGGUGUACGAGAUAAUGAUAUAGAGUGUAGACCAAUCAAGGUAAAGAAGAGGAAGAAGGAAAAAAAGGACAGAGAAGAUGACAAAUGUGAAGAGGAAGGAAAAUAUCAGAGUGUAGAGGGAGCCGGAGGUCAUCAGACUGAUUCCUCUGCAAACCUGAUUAUCACUGAGGCAGUGGAAGCUCCUUGUAUGGAGAAAAAGAAAAAGAAGAAGAAAAAGAAACUUGAGAACCAAUAUUUCAAACAGGAGGCGGAUGAACAAUCAGACCAACAGAAGGAGAAGGAUUUUGUUGUGGUGUGUGAAACUGAAAAUGUUGAUACAGACUCUUUAAAGACCAACAAAGUUGCCGAGUCUCCGACGAAUGACGUACAUGUCCCAAAGAAAAGGAAGAAAAAGAAAAAAGACUCUUCAGAUCUGAAUCAAACAACAACAGAACAACCAAAGGCAAUAGAUCAUUCAAGUAAUGGUGAAGUUUUUCAGGAAAUGCUGGAAUUCAAUGGGUUUAAAAGAAAAAAGCACAAAAAGAAAAAGAGGCAGCCGCCUAAUGACAAUCAGACAGAUGUGGACUUAUCAAACGAUCCCUCGACCAUGCCAGAAAAUACAGACUUUGUUUAUAAAAAGAAGAAAAAGAAACAUGUGUCUGACCAAGUCGGACUUGCGGAAGAAGAUGAAAGUGUAGAGAAAACUUCAAAAGACAGGCAAGAUAUUGAGCCGGAGACCAAGAAGAAGAAGAAGAAGAAGAAGAAGAAGAAAAUGAAGGACGAUAUCAACGCAAGUAAUUCAGAGGACAUGUUGGGAUCUGGUGACUAUUCCGGGCUUGUGCGCGAAAAGAAAAAGAAAAGGAAAAGGACCCCUUCCGUCCAUUCUGCUGAUGAUGAGGAACAGUCUCCAUCUGCUCAUGAGGGCUGUGCUGAAAAGCCUGAGGUCAGCGCUGGUGAGUUAGCCGCCGAAUCAGCAGACGUUUCUGAACAUUUGCAAGAAUCAAAAGAUGGCAAGAAGAAAAAGAGGAGGUCAGCAACUGUCUCCGAGAGUGAGGAAAGGGAGCUGGAGGAAACAUGUGAAGCGCUGGUCAAGAAUAAAGAGAAACGCAAGAGAACUGAAAGGCUCACGGGAAGUUUGGAGAGCGCUGAGCAAUCUCAAACCGAAGAAGCGGUGGUUGUGAAGAAGACAAAGAAGAAGAGAAGCAGACAGGAGGUCCCGCAUGAGGAGCACAGAACAAAUCCUGGGGCUGGUUCUAGGUUUAACGCAACGUCAUCUAAAACAUUUCCAGCAGAAGUCGAGACGUCUUCCUCUCGGUGUGUGGAGAGGAAAAGGAAGCGCAAUGCAAAAAGACGACUUUACAAUCCAGAUAAAGAUUUUCUCUCAGACUUAAACAGAAGACCCGAUGGAUCAUGAUGUCACAAGGUUUAUUUAUUUUAUUGUGAACUGUCCACUUUUUUAGAGUGACAAUGUUGAAAUUUAAAACGUUUUGGGUUCUGAAUUAUUAUUUUUUUCUAUAUUUAAUUUUGUAUCAAAGCAUUUUUCACCAGAAUAGUUCUCAAUUAUUUUAAAAUUGAGACAUAAUGUACAAAAAUUUAAAGAAUUUUUAUGAAAACU